AUGACUGUAUCUUCAGACAGAUCCGGAAUAAAUGUACCUUGUGGUGAAAAUGUGACAAGCAUGCAUUUUGAUGAUGAUAGUUUGGUAAAAUUAAUUACAAAUGAAAUCAUCGAGAUUUUGCAAUUGGAUGAAGAUGAAAUAGGAUAUGCAGUUGUUAAGGAUUUGUUGGAAAAUGGUCGACAAUCAUUAGUCAAAUAUAAAGAUGACAUUAUACCCAAAGUAUAUAAUGAAGUUAUGAACGGUACUGAUACUCGAUUGAUGAGUUCAUUAAAAAAUUAUUUUCGACUAAACUGGGAAAUAUUAUAUGGUUCAGCACAUUCAUGGUUCAUUUCAUUUCUUCAACAGUAUGAAAAUGGAGAAAACCAUGAUAUAUAUGAAGUUGUUUUAACUCGUACAGCUGAAUAUGGAAAUAAAUAUAUGAACGAUUAUCCAUUAUUGUCAAUUAUUCUACAAUUUCUUUUCGAAAGUAUCGAUGAUGACUGUCUAGAGGGAAAAGAUAAUGUCUUCGAUGAUUUGUGGAUGACAAUAACUAAUGAUGGUUUACAAUUAAUAACAAAAUAUUCCGAGUAUAUUGUUAAAAAAGUAUUAAAUGAACAGUUAAAAACGGAUUCAGUACUAUUUAAAGUAUUACGCGAAUAUUAUCGUCCAAAUUGUUUUUUAUCUCUAACACAAAGUUCUAUUCCAAAUAAGGGAAAUAUAUACGAAUUAGCAUUAGAUGAUGUUAUUGAACAUGGGUGGUUAAGUAAUAUGAAAUCUAUUCAACAUGAUAUUACGCCAAGACGUUAUGAAACCUUAUUGAAAAACCUUCAUUCUUUUUAUAAGAAGCAAAAACUAUCUGAAAAUGAAGAUUCGAGUGGUUCAGUCGCUCCAGCAUUGAAGAUCGAUGUAAACGAUGUGCAGCAAGAAUCUUCAAUCGAAACGAGUGAAUCCAAUAUAAAUCAACUGGAAAUAAUAGAUGCAAAGCAAAAUGUAAUUUCAACGAAUGAACCAUUAGCAGAUACUACAACUGAUAUCGAUGUGUUGAAUCAUGCUACUACUACAAAUAUCGAGAAUAACAAUGCUCAAAAAGAUAAUCAAGAACAGGAAGAUAAUGAAUCGACUGUCUCAUAUGAUUCAAAGACUAAUUCGGACGGCACUGAUAACAUGUUCGAAUGUAGUAAAAAUGCUAUAUUCAUUAGUGGAUUACCGACGAAUAUGUCCAAGGAACGGCUGUUUGAUAAAGUUAAAGAUGUAUUUUCUACUUGUGGUAAUAUUACAACCUAUGGGAAAACAAACAGACCGGAUAUUCAGUUAUUUACGAAAAAAGACAAUAGAUCAAUACUUAUUGGCACAGCAAUGGUAAAAUUUGAAAAAGAAGAUUCGGUGAUGAAAGCAAUUGAAAAAUAUAAUAGAAAACAAGUACCAGCAUUAGAUAAUAAGCAAAUUAAUGUUAGAUUUGGCAGAGUGAAGCGUGAAAAGAUAGAAAUACUAUCGAAAUCAACAGAACCAAAACCAAAAGCUAAAGAUCAUUUUGAAAAAGAUCAAAAUACAGUUUAUACAGAAGUAUAUAAACAACAACAACCAAAACGUGAUCAAUCUGUCAGUUCAAAUGGUUCAUUAAAUAGAGCUACUGAUUCUGUUGAUACGCCAAUAUCCAGGAAGAGCGUGAUAUUUGUCACUGGUUUACCAACGAACAUGCUUGAACAACGUCUGUUCGAUACACUAUGGGAUGAAUUUUCCAAUGUUGGUUCAAUUAAAAUUAAUAGAAAAACCAGCAAACCGUGUAUAUGUUUAUUUAAGACAAAAGGUCUCAAGCCACAACUCACUGGCUCCGGAAUGAUCACAUUUGAAAACGAAGAAUCAGUUGAAAAGGCUACCAAGAUUUACAAUGCGAAACAAGUGUCUUUAUUAAAUAAUAAUCAAAUAACUGCCAAGCGAUUUAAAAUAGGACCUGCUAAACCAACACAAUCGUUUGAACCACGUUCGCAAUUACUUCUUCAACCACCGUCAGUGCAAAUGCCUCGAUCAGGUAGUUAG